CUGCUCGCGGAGCUCCGUGCUGUCAGAAAUAGCCUUAGUUAACUGCAGCGGGGCUGGAAGUUGCCGUGUGUUUGUUCUUACACCGCAGUUGACCUUUGAUUUACAGCUGAUUCUUGCUUAACGGUUGAUUCUGUUUAUUUACAUAGGCUGACCCUCAUCUAAAAAGCAAACUUUCCUUUUCGGUCUCCACCACCUCUCUGUUAGUCUGUACAGAGGGUUUUGUGUUGUUGGAGAGCUGGGAUACCACAAAGCUCCUCGUGCUGGAGGUGCUGCUGCUGGCCCCGUGUCUUCUCAUUGUGGCUCUCUUUGGUAGCUGGAGCUCUGCAUAUUUCUCGCUUAAGAGUUGAAAGAAGCAACGAGCUUUCAGCUGGAUUGGGUUACACUUAAGGAAAAGUGGGGAAAAAAACCAAACGUGCUUAUUCCUCCUUAAAGGGUUUGUUACUCCUCACCAAAGAGGGUAAGCUGCUUCAAAGCUGCUGAACUUUCCCUUUAUUUGUAUUGCCAUCAAUUGAUAAUCUGAGCAGGGAACGUGGGCUGUGUGUACUGCCCUAGGGAGCUGUGAGGGACCUGACUGUGCCUUGGUCUGUAACAUCAGGCAGCAGUGUGCUGCAAACUUCUGCUGCUGAUGAAAUUUAGGCAAGUGGCUGCAGGAUAUUUGCUUCUGUAGGCAGAAAAAAAGGUAAACAGUGUAACUUGCUACUUUAUGACUACAUUGAGAACGUUCUUUCCUGUCUUCCCUCAACAGUUCUCCAAAUAUCCUCCUUUUCUAAGGAUCUUAAUGAUUCUCCGUAACAGCUGUUACCUGCCAAAUAAAAACUCUGAGGCCACCCAAUCCAUGAGCGGGCAUCGGAACCUCAAGAGGCGAUGCGGGGAGUCGCACCUGGAAUCCCCUGCAGGCUGUGCCCACGGUCCUGCUGCUGCCUGUGUGCUAAGCAAGCUAGUUCAGUUGCCUACACCUCCCUUGUCAAAGCACCAGCUGAAACGGUUAGAAGAACACAAAUAUCAGAGUGCUGGACGGUCGCUGCUUGAACCUCUAAUGCAAGGUUACUGGGAAUGGUUAGUUGGAAGAGUUCCAGCCUGGAUUGCCCCAAAUCUGAUCACCAUCAUCGGACUGUUAAUAAAUAUAUUCACAACCCUGCUAUUAGUAUACUACUGCCCAACAGCUACAGAGCAGGCACCUCCCUGGGCGUACAUUGCCUGUGCUUGUGGCCUUUUCAUCUACCAGUCUCUGGAUGCUAUAGAUGGGAAGCAGGCAAGGAGGACAAACAGCAGCACUCCUCUGGGAGAACUUUUUGAUCAUGGCUGUGAUUCGCUUUCCACAGUCUUUGUGGUUUUGGGAACUUGUAUUGCUGUGCAGCUGGGGACGAACCCUGACUGGAUGUUCUUUUGUUGUUUUGCUGGGACAUUCAUGUUUUACUGCGCGCACUGGCAGACGUACGUCUCUGGGACGCUGCGCUUUGGCAUAAUUGAUGUGACUGAAGUGCAAAUCUUCAUAAUAAUCAUGCAUUUACUGGCAGUGAUUGGAGGACCACCUUUUUGGCAAUCUCUGAUCCCAAUACUGAAUAUUCAGGUGAAAAUAUUCCCAGCUCUCUGUACCGUCGCAGGAACCAUAUUUUCCUGUACAAACUACUUUGGCGUCAUCUUCACAGGUGGAGUUGGCAAAAAUGGAUCCACCAUAGCAGGAACCAGCGUCCUUUCACCUUUCCUUCAUAUUGGGUCAGUGAUUGCACUCGCUGCCAUGAUCUACAAGAAAUCUGCUGUGCAGCUGUUUGAAAAGCACCCCUGCCUGUAUAUACUUACUUUCGGUUUUGUAUCUGCUAAGAUAACAAACAAACUCGUGGUUGCACACAUGACCAAAAGUGAAAUGCACCUGCACGAUACAGCUUUCAUAGGCCCGGCUCUGUUGUUUCUGGACCAGUAUUUUAACAGCUUUAUUGAUGAGUAUAUUGUACUCUGGAUUGCCCUGAUCUUUUCCCUCUUUGAUUUGCUCCGAUACUGUGUGAGUGUAUGCAACCAGAUUGCUGCCCAUCUGCACAUCCAUGUGUUCCGAAUCAAGUCCUCUUCCACUCAUUCUAAUCACCAUUAAUAAACGGGGAGCCACCAUGGAGGAAAACGGGAAAGGAGUUGGUUUUCUACAUGAGGAGGGCAAGAUGUGUCGGAGACUAAGGCAACAAGCAGAAAAGAACAAGAUCUGUGGUCAUCAGUGUUGUGUAACUCUUACUCUUUGUUAUCAGUAACACUCCUUAACUAGUCUCCUGCCUGACAGAGUGAAUUCCAAGCACACCCUUAGUCAGCUCUACAUGUAGUCAACUCUGUUGGUUCCGAGCCCAGGAAAGCAUGCAGAGAGCACUGCUCUCUUUGUAAUUAACUUUGAUUACAGAAUAAUCUAUGUAUGGUGAAUGGAUCCCCAACAACUGAAGUUUCUAAUGUAGUAUAAUUACAGCUGCAAUACGACUUGCUUUUAAUUUCAAUAUUUCGUCAUCUCUUAGUGAAAUACUUGUUUAGUGUCCACUUGAAAUUCAUUUACUAAAGACCUGAGCUGGUAACAGCAGAUAUCUCACUAACUUGUGUGGCUGAAGCAGCUGUUGAGGCUUGAGUCCAGGCUGAUGCGGUUCAUUUGCUGCAGCAUUGCUGAUAGAAGUGGUUUCUUGGCUGGAGAAUACAGAGCAGGGAUCUGCAGGAGGAAGGGAUGACCAGCAUGCAAAAUAGUGUGGUAUCUUUGUCAAUUAAUUUUAUUUUUUUAAAUAAACGUGAUCUAAAAGACAA